CUCUUUUUGAAAUUCGAAUCCGAAUCCGAAUCCGAACUGCCGCAGCUCUGUUUCAGCUUCAAAUCCACACUUUGUCGCACUCUCAGUUUCUCUUCAAGAUGUGGAACUCGCUUCGGCCGCUGUACGGAGCUCGUGAACCACUCCCCGUAAGGUCCGAUUCGGUUUGCCCUUCUACUCUGAUUGCUUGGCCUUGUAGUUUCCAAUGCACACUUCCCCGUUUCUCCUCGAGAUGUGGAGCUCUCUUCAGCCGCUGUACAGUAGCUCGUGAACCACUCCUCCGUCUCCGUCGGCAUAACCUCAAAGCCGUGCAAUGCGAACCGGGACGCCGCUCAUUUGUCGCCAACGUUUGCAUUCCGAGGACCCAACGCUUAGAUGCACAAGGGCGUGAUGACCCUUCCGUUCGUCAUGUCUGACCACAUGUGGCCGUCCAAGCCAAAUGUGACUCGAUGGAAUAUCGCGUCUCCCAGUGCAUCUCGCCUUUAUUGCCCAACAUUAAUGGCCGCGGCAUGCGGCCCCCCAGCGUGCACAGCUCACAAUCUAUCCCUCUCUCGUUCUCCGCGCCCAAAAGAGGUCUAAUCUUGAUGUGGCAUGGCAACGGUGCGUGUCUUCUCCCGACUGAUCCCCGACGCUCAGCGCCGGAAUAGGUCGUUAAUGGCCGUGCAGUGCCAGUUCACCGCUGUGGUGCGACUCGUAUUUGGAAUUUACGAGGGUGCUCAGCAGUGUGCACCGUGAAUUGCGGUACGGUUUUGGUUAAAAUGCGCGAUGGCAGAAUGCUACAAAAGCUGGGAGAGCUGCGCUGAGAGUUCUCCAGGUCGAACUCGCCAACUCAACCUACCCAAUCCACUCCUCCCACAGUCGAAAUGCGCUUCCAACUCCUUACUGCACUCGUGCUAGCUGUCUUUGCCGUCAGCGCCGCAGCGGCACCUGCACCGGCCGAGGGCGAGCUCUCCAAGAAGGGCUACAGCCAGCCCCAGAACGGCGGCGGCUACAACCAGGGCCAGAACGGGCAGGGCAACGGCUACGGCGGUGGAGGUAACAACAACCACAAUGGCGGCGGAUACGGCGGAGGCAAGGGCAACAACGGUGGAUAUGGUGGAGGCAAGGGCAACAACAACGGCGGAUAUGGUGGAGGAAAGGGCAACAACAACGGAGGGUAUGGUGGAGGCAAGGGCAAUAACAAUGGCGGAUACGGCGGAGGGAGCGGGAACAACGGUGGAUACGGUGGGGAUAAGAACCAUAACGGCGGCGGCUACGGUGGAGGAAACAACAACAACAACCACGGCGGAUAUGGCGGGGGAAACAACAACCACAACGGCGGCUACGGUGGAGGCAACAACAACCACGGUGGAUAUGGUGGAGGUAACAACAACAACAACGGCGGCUAUGGCGGAGGCAACACCAACGGCCACCAUCAAUCUGGUGGCUACGCGCUGGCGAAGAAGAGCUACGGCGAGCACCCUGGAAAUGGCUAUGGUCACGGCCAGAACCACGGGCACGAGCACGAGCACGGUGGCUACGGCGGCGAGCACCACAGCGGCGGCUACUACGCGCUUGUGAAGAAAGGAUAUGGCCACGACAACGACUACGGCCACCACGAGCAGGAGCACGGCCACGGCUAUGGCCACCAAGGACAUGGAUAUGGCGGACACGGAUACAACUAUGCCUGAACAAAGCGAGUCAUGACCAAGGCCUAAUUCCUCAGCCCAAAGAACACUAAUAACUGUUGUACUUUCCCCGCUCCCAAGAACACAAUUUGUAAUUCAUUUUGAAACGAAUCGUUGCCA